AUGCAGUACAAGUCUUUCACAGCCCUCCUAUUCGCCAGCAUGGCCAUCGCCGCCCCGGCCGACACCAGCGAAUCUGCAGAAGAUAUUCUUUCGGAUAUCAUUCCCCCAUCCAUUGCUGUUGUUCUCGCAACCGCGGUCCCAACCUCAUUCUGGGCCGAAGCUACCAACACCGCCGCUUUCCUCUCCCAAGUCGAACAAGGCAUCGUUUCUAACUCCUGGCCAACCUGGUACAGCAGUCUUCCCGACAGCGUGAAGGAAUACGUCACCACUGCCGUUGAGGACUACUAUCCUUCCUUCGCCUCGUCCAUUUCUGCCGAGAUCACCAGCUCCGGUGGCAGUAGCUCUAGCCCCAACACUGCCUCUGCAACCUCUACCGGUGCUUCAAGUUCUGGCGCUUCUAGCUCUGGCGCUUCUAGCUCUGGUGCCUCUAGCUCUGACACUUCAUCUACCGAUUCUACUUCUGCCACGGAUUCAUCUUCCUCCACUGCCACUGGCUCGGACGCUGCUUCGUCCUCGGCUUCGGUAUCAGCGUCCGGAUCUGCUGCAUCUACAACUGCUGAUGGUGGUGCCGCUCCUACUGGUAUUGCUAUAAGCCUUGCUGGCGCCGCUGGUGUUCUGGGACUUGCCCUCGCCCUGUAA